UCUCCCACACCAUGAGCUCCUCCACCUCGGCCUCUCCUUUGCCGACCAAUGUAAAUCUGGUCGGCCACCCACUCUUGGCACAUCACCUGUCUCUCCUGCGUCUGGAGAGCACUCAUGCAAAGGACUUCCGCUCCCUCCUCGAUUCAAUUACUUCCAUCUUGGUCACAGAAGCAACCAGGGGCUUACCAACCACCAGGGUCACAGGUAAGGCACCACUGUGCCAAUUUGAAGGAGAUGAGAUGGCAGAUCGCAUCGCCAUCGUGCCCAUCCUGCGAGCCGGUCUAGGAAUGGUCAACUCGGCCCUGGCUCUCUUGCCUACCUCUACUUCGGUCCUGCACAUCGGCCUCUUCCGGGAGAAGGUGUCCCUUCAGCCCGUCGAGUACUACAGCAAGCUCCCCGCCCAACCCACCUGUAGCGAGGUACUCAUCCUCGAUCCCCUCAUUGCUACGGGAGGUACAGCUACUGCCUGUGUGAACAUGAUCGUCGAUUGGGGUGUGCCAGUGGAAAAGGUCAAGCUGCUCUGUGUCCUUGCCAGUGAGCAAGGGUUGAGAGAAGUCGCACAGACCUUCCCUGGAUUGAAGAUCUAUGUCGGACAGGUAGAUGCACAGUUGACAAAGGAAGGUGGAUACAUCCUCCCCGGGUUGGGAGACUGUGGUGAUCGCCUCUUUGAGACGCAAUAGAGGAGAGGCGAUCCGCAAGCGAGGAGAGCGGUAUGGCCGCAUCAGCUACGGGACAAAGGAGGGAAUCCAUAGACAGUCACUGGGCAUCUCAUACCAAAGGGGAUCAAGCAUGCCGAAUAACCUCAUUUUGUACUUCUCAGACGCAGCUAGAGUGUCCUGAAAUCUCAGGUUGAAGCUGUUGACGGAAAUGAAUGAAUGAAUGAAUGAAUUCACUUGAGCACAGAAAGCAGUAUGAGAAGUCUGGCGCAAAGAAGCAAGGGAAUGAAUCUCAAUUGCUCCAAAAGCAAAGC